UGGAAGUGAAAGAGAACAGACGGCUCUUCACAAAAGGCUUUAACUUUUAACUUCGUGAACUUCAAUCAGCCUAAACGACACAAGGGCUUAAACAGCAGCCAUUUGUGAAGCAGGAUGUCGCUACAGUUCUUUGGAUGGGAGGUUACCUAUGAUGAUGAGUCUCCCAGUGUGGAGCUGACAGCCUCCCAGGCACCGAAAGAUAAGGGUGUCUACACCAUGUACCAUGGUACCAGCAUUGCCAAUGCACGUCUCAUCCUUGCCAGUGGCUUUCAGCAGUCGCAGGGGGGCAUGCUAGGAAAGGGUGUGUACGUCAGCCGUGAUAAGAAAAAGGCAGAACGUUAUCCAUUGAACAACAGCCCUGCAGACCGUGUGGUCCUCAAGUUACACGUGCGUGUUGGCCGUGUCAAACGCAUUGACAAGGACAACCAUCCUAUGCAGUACACUUGGAGCACGCAGGGAUAUGACACUGCUUGGGUACCCCCUAACUGUGGGAUGAAAGCUGUGCCCAGCGGCCUGGAAGAGGACUGUGUGUUCGACCCCAAAAGAGUGACAGUCGUGGGCAUUACAAAGGCUCCACACAAUGUGCAGACAGAACUUCAGCAGCUGGUGACUAAGAACAUCAGCCAUUCCAGCACAGUCCCGGGUGGAGUAGUGCAUGGUGCUACUGCUUUGGACGUGUGUUCACUAUGCAAACGCAGGCAGCAGCAGUCGCCACACAUCACGACACCAUGCUGGGGCUGUGGGCAAAACAUCUGUAUUCUUAUGAGCAAACAUGUAUGUCCAGUUAGCGUUUGAGAGUGAGUGACACGGAUGGAUUCACAUAUAUGAUCCGGCAGAGUGUCAGAAAAAAGCUCAAAAAUGCAUAUGACUCAAAGUUUCUUCUGUUUCUUCAACUUUAGGGAUGUUUGAAUA